AUGUUUGUCCUUGCUAGCCAGAUAUCUCCGAUGAACACCAGGCAGGCUCUUAAGCUUCGGGUGGUGCGAGCAUAUAAUAUCCCUGAAAGAAGUGAUCCAUCGAAGUUUAGGUCAAAAGAGGUUGUUUUUCAUGAUGAAGAGGGGUCCUUCUUGCAUGCUCAUAUACCCAAAGAGUACGUGGAUAAGUACCUUAGCAGUUUUGCUAAAGGUUCAGUGUGUGCUAUAAAAAAUUUUUGUGUUAUCAGCAAUUUUUACUCAUACAAAACCAGCCCACAGAAGUACAUGAUCAAAUUUAACUAUCAGAUUGUUGUUAAGGGUUUAAAGCAUGUUAAAUUUCCUAUGAAAAUGUAUCGGCUGAAGACCUUUAGGGAGAUCAAGUCUAAUGAAGGCCUUGAUGAGAAAAUAUUAUUUGAUGUCAUUGGUCGAGUGAUCGAAAUACACUUCCCACAGGAAAAAUUAAUCAAUGGCAAGAACUCCAGGCUGAUUGACUUCACCAUUGAAGAUACUGAUGGAAUACAACUAAUGUGUACUUUGUGGGAUGAACACGUAAGCAAGAUUGAGGCAUUCUACAAUUCUACUUCACAAGAGCCAUUAUUGGUGUUGAUACAGUUUUGUAGGGCUAGGGUUUGUUUAAAAAGUGGUGAUGUCAAGAUUUGUAGCUCCUAUGAUGUAACCCAGCUGCUUUUCAACCAAGAAUCUCCCCCAUUUGAGGAGUUCAGGAAGAGUAUCAGCCAUGAACAGACUCCAAUGCGCAGUAUAAUUUUCCAGUCCAGUUUUAAGGAAUGUAGCUCCUAUUCAGUAAACCUAUCUGGUGAUUUGGAAGUUCGUUCUAUCAAUGACAUCUACAGAGACAAGGAGGUAAGACUGUUAAGUCAUUAG